GGCGGCCGCUGAUUGGCUGCUGGCCGUAUCCGGUGGGGCAGCGGUCCAGGGCUCGGGGAAAAAAAAUCGAAGCGAGGAGGAUCUGGUAACGGUUCGCUCCUGAAAAACAUCGUCCAUCCCGAGUCUCUAGCGAAGGACUCGGCAGGAAUUCUUACACUUUCCCUACAAAGGUCAGAGGUCACACAGCAGCGUCGCAGUUGUCGUCAUGGCAUCUGGAAGUACGAACAGUGAGGAGGAGCGGAGCCUGAGGGAGUGUGAGCAGUACGUGCAGAAACACAACAUUCAACAGCUGCUGAAGGACUGCAUUGUCCAGCUGUGCACCUCCAGGCCAGACAGGCCCAUGGCCUUCCUCAGGGAGUACUUCGAGAGGCUGGAGAAGGAGGAGGCCAAGCAGAUUCAGAACCAACAGAAGGCCAGCAGUUCCCGUUCAGACUCACGUGAUGAGGAGGUGUCUCCACCCAUGAACCCGGUGGUAAAAGGUCGCCGGCGGAGAGGAGCCUUCAGCGCAGAGGUUUACACAGAGGAGGAUGCAGCCUCAUAUGUUAGAAAGGUCAUUCCUAAAGACUACAAGACGAUGGCAGCCUUGGCCAAAGCUAUUGAAAAGAAUGUGCUCUUCUCCCACCUGGAUGACAAUGAGAGGAGUGACAUAUUCGAUGCAAUGUUUCCAGUCACCUACAUCGCUGGGGAAACAGUUAUUCUGCAGGGUGACGAAGGUGACAAUUUCUAUGUUAUCGACCAAGGAGAGAUGGAUGUCUAUGUGAACAACGAAUGGGUGACCAGCAUCGGAGAAGGAGGCAGCUUUGGAGAGUUGGCCCUGAUCUACGGCACCCCGAGGGCGGCCACAGUCAGAGCCAAGACCAAUGUCAAGCUGUGGGGCAUCGACAGAGACAGCUACAGGAGAAUACUCAUGGGAAGCACUUUGAGAAAGAGGAAGAUGUAUGAGGAAUUCCUCAGGAAAGUGUCCAUUCUAGAGUCCCUUGACAAGUGGGAGCGUCUGACAGUCGCUGAUGCCUUGGAGCCCGUCCAGUUCGAGGAUGGACAGAAGAUUGUCGUGCAGGGAGAGCCUGGAGACGAGUUCUUCAUUAUCUUAGAGGGCUCUGCAGCUGUGUUGCAGCGUCGCUCAGAGAACGAGGAGUUUGUGGAAGUGGGGAGAUUAGGACCAUCUGACUACUUUGGUGAGAUUGCUCUGUUGAUGAACCGUCCCCGUGCUGCCACCGUGGUUGCCCGCGGGCCCCUCAAGUGUGUGAAGCUCGAUCGGCCUCGCUUCGAGCGCGUCCUGGGUCCCUGCUCCGACAUCCUCAAACGUAACAUCCAGCAGUACAACAGCUUCGUCUCGCUGUCUGUCUGAAGGGGGGGCGUCUCUUCUCUCCCCAUCCCUACCUCCCUCCCCUCCACUCCCUGCCCUCUCCUCUCCCUCUCUCCUUUUAGACCCAGGGUCCACCAAUGCAAUUUGCUUUUUUGUCACUUUUCUUCUUCUUCUUCUUUCUGUUCACUUUAUCUCCCCCUCCCUCUUUGUUUUACACGCGGAUGAUUUCGUUGUUACCACCCGUCAGGCAGAGGUGACUUUUAGCCAUUCACCAGCGCUUGUACCAGCUGCUGUACGCUACCUUGUAGGCACAGUUACAUCACGUUUCUUAUGUUAUAAAUGUAUUUGCUGGUUAUGGUUUUAUUUUCAAAUUAAACACAUAACAGGAUUGUUAGAUCUGAAAGACAUUUGGGUCUCACACUGAUGAGACAGGACAAUCAAACUUUACAUGGCGCUUUGUUACAGAUUUAUGUUGAAGUGAAGAGGACUGAUUCUUCCCCAUUUAAGAGUUUCCUUUUUGACAUCAGUUAGAUAACCAGUGUAGAGCAGAACCUAGAAACUGUAGGAGGCAGGAAGUAUUUGACUGCUUCGAGUUUAGUUUUUAGGUUUCAGCUGUGACCUGAAGCUCCGUUUCUUAUUUUAAGGUUACCGUUGUGAUUGGUAUGAUGAGAUUGGUGAUUUUUGCUUAGUUUGGGAGAGCUUGUGCAACUUAAAGGUUCUUAUUUAAUUGUGCAGCUACCAGGCUAGUGCCAAAUGUUGGUUAUUUUUAAAACGCAAAGAUGCAUAGCUGUGGAAAUGCAGUGUGUGUUCUGUUCCCCCGGCUAUUUGAAGCCCAAAAAACAGGAAGUAGUUAUUAUUACCCUUAUCAUCCUCUUAAUCGGUAGAAUGACCAUACAAGAACUGCCUUGACUACUCUGAGGGAAAAAAAGGAAAAAAGAGAGGAAAAAAAAAAACAAGAGUAUUAAGUGUAUUUCAGUAUUCAUUUUUUUAGUAUAUACCAAAUAACUUGGUCACUCUUCUGCUAUGGUUUGUAUUCAAAAUAUUAUAAUAGUAUAGAAAAAACGAUCAUUGUUCUAUUACUAUCAUUGACUAAAUGAUAAACUUAUGGUUUGGAGUGAUGGUGAUCUUAAAAAAAUAUGUUUAACUGUCUUUUGUAAACACUUAUUUUUCCAUAAAUUCUAUUUUAGGUGUCCAGUGCCACAAAGUAAAUAAAUGCUUCUUCUUGACAAAACAGUAUGUAAUUGUAUUGUGUAAAACGUCAUGGGUUCAAACUUUUUAACAAUAGAUCAAAGGGUAAAUACAGGUUUAUUGAAGUGACGUCUUGGAAGAAGAUAAAAAAAAGUUGAAGCAAACCAGGUGGUUUGUGGAUUUUCAGGACAUCCGAAGUAUUUAUGUACGGAAGCAUCACAGGUGAGCUGACGGGCAGCGUGAGCAGAUAUUUAUUUAAAACUAGUGUCAUUGCUUAUUGCCUAUUUGAAAAAGGUGGCUGUCUUCUCAUCAGAGUAGCUUGUGAUCUGUUCUCUAUGCUUACUUGGCAUGAUGUUUUAGGCAUCCAGUGAUCCGGUAUGAAUGGAAGCGUGAAUUUAAAAAGAAAAACAAAAAAAAGCUGUGUCCUGCAGCUGCUUGCAGAAGCAGGAACUCUGUCAAAUAUUUGGUUUGUUACUCCCUAGCUUAACUGCUUCAUGACUAUUUAGAUAAAAUGUUAAGUCUUUUUCUUUCUUUCUUUCCUUUUUUUUUUUUU